AUGGACCCUGAAAACUUCUUCCAGACUUCUCAUAUUUUCCAUCGAUCUUUUGCAAAGAAGCCCCAUCGAGUAACUUCAGCUUCUGGUCUGAAAUUGCAUCUCGAAGAUGGCCGAACCAUUAUCGAUGCCACGGGAGGCCCUGCAGUCGCAUGUCUCGGCCACAAUAUUCCAGAAGUCGCCGACGCCGUGGGAGCACAAUUGCAAAAAGUCGGCUACCUGUUCUCCGCAGGACCGUACUCUGAAGAGACUACCGAGCAGCUCGCGGCGGAAAUCCUUCAAGAUGAGCCGGGAGGGCUGUCCAAAGCGAUUUUUCUGGGCUCGGGGAGUGAAGCGACGGAUACGAUGCUGAAGACAGUUGCGCAGUAUUGGCAUUGCAAAGGGGAACCGCAGCGAGUGAAGUUCAUUGCGCGGAAACAGAGUUAUCAUGGGAAUACCUUGGGUGCUCUCAGCAUUACAGGUCACGAGAGUCGCAGAAAGUUGUGCGAGCCCUGGAUGUCGAAGAAUGUUUCGUUUGUAGACGCUUGUUGUUUCUACCGUGGCAAGCGUGAUGGCGAGACAGAGGCCAUGUAUCUACAGCGGUUGGUAGAUCAGCUGGAAGAACAGUUCCAGCUCCUCGGCCCCAACAACGUUGCAGCCUUCGUUGCAGAGACGGUGGCAGGCUCCACUUUGGCAUGCGUUCCGGCUGUGAAAGGGUAUUUCCAAGCUGUGAGAGCCAUAUGCGACAAGUAUGGCGCGCUCUUGGUCCUUGACGAGGUCAUGUGCGGCAUGGGAAGAACGGGCACGAUGCACGCUUGGCAACAAGAGGGCAUUCGAGGUCCGGAUUUACAAAUGAUUGGCAAGUCCUUGGGAGGCGGCUUCAUUCCUCUUGCAGCAGUGCUCGUUCAUCAGCAGGUCUUCCAAACGGUCGUUUCCGCCAGUAACGGGUUAGCUGGAGGUCACACGUUUCAGGCACAUCCCACUGCCUGUGCAGCUGCGCUUGCAGUGCAGCGUAUCAUACGUCGAGACGACCUCGUUGCCAAUGUGCGGAAUAUGGGGCUCAUUCUUGAACGGCUGCUGAGAAAGACUCUCGGCCCUCAUCCGCUAGUGGGCGACAUCCGUGGACGAGGCCUGUUCUGGGCAGUGGAAUUUAUGCGUCAUCCUGAGCUCCGUGAGCCGUUUCCGAUGGACGAUGACUUUUCUCAAAGAGUCGUUCGCGAGGCAUUGGAGGGCCAAGGACUCCAAGUCCUGGCCAAUAUGGGCUUCCCCGGCACAUGGAAGGUGGAUUCGGUCGUCAUCUGUCCCCCUUUCAUCGUGACAGAGAUCGAGUUGGAGGAGAUCGUGAAGCGGCUGAAGGCGGCGGUGGAUGUGAUCUCAGCGCCGUAUCUGCAUGCUGCCGUCUCUUAAGUAGUCAUAGCGCGAGCGGUG